AUGGCGCCCCGCCCCCCCUCCCCUCCCGCGCCGCCGCGGUGCAUCCCGGGAGCUGUAGUCCCAGAGGGCGAGCGGUGCGGCCGCGCCGCGGGCAACGCCAGCUUCAGCAAGCGCAUCCAGAAGAGCAUCUCGCAGAAGAAGGUCAAGAUCGAGCUGGACAAGAGCGCCAGGCACCUCUACAUCUGCGACUUCCACAAGAGCCUCAUCCAGAGCGUGAGGAACCGCCGAAAGCGGAAAGGCAGCGACGACGACGGCGACUCGCCCGUGCAGGACAUGGACGCCCCGGAGGUUGAUUUAUAUCAGUUACAAGUAAACACACUUCGAAGGUACAAAAGACACUUCAAGCUACAGACCAGACCAGGACUUAACAAAGCACAGCUCGUUGAAAUAAUUGGCUGCCAUUUUAGGACAAUUCCAGUGAAUGAAAAGGACACCUUAACAUAUUUCAUCUACUCGGUGAAGAAUGACAAGAACAAAUCAGAUCUAAAGAUGGAUAGUGGGGUUCAUUAGUCUGAAAAGGUUGGGACUGAGACUUGGGCUCCAGAUCAAAAGACUGAGGGUUUUUGUUGAUAUGCAAAAGCUUUCUUUGUACCUUUUUCUCCCAGAGAACUGUCUCUUAUUUUUCAUAAUCUUGAUGAUUUAUUUGAAAGCCACCUCCCCUGAAACAAUUUCC